UCCCAGUUAUUCGUUCGUUGCCCUUUCUAGCAUGAUGGCCGCGAAAUGUUCCGCCAUGCACGGCUGGCAUUUCACUGCGAGGAUUUUUGUUGCUGUCGAGUUCGCGCUGGCGUGGCAAGGCGGAAGUCGUGGCGGAAAGGAGAAGGCUUGGCGAAAGUCUUGCCUAAUUUACGGCAUUCCCUGAAUAACUAAAGAAAGGGUCACGACGAUGGCGACAGCCGCUAAGGAUGUGUUACCAGCGCUGGGCCCCGCAUAUGAGCCUUGCGCUGAGGGAAAUCUAUCCUCUCCGUUGCUUUCACAGUCUCUCGCUCAUCCUCGCAAAAUCGAACGCAUCAGUUUCCCUUCCGUAUCCAAAUUAUGCGCUCGUUGCGCUCUUUGCUUUCUUUCGCAGGCCCGUGACGUCCGGCCACUGUCUCUCAGUACUCUCUGCUUCUAGAAAUCGGUCCGACCCUUUUCGUUGUUGUGUUUCGCACAUCAGCCUCUUCAACUCCUGGGAUUCGUAAAGGCGGAGUGCCUCGUAAAGGCGGAGUGCCUCGUAAAGGCGCAGUGCCUCGUAAAGGCGGAGUGCCUCGUAAAGGCGGAGUGCCUCGUAAAGGCGGAGUGCCUCGUAAAGGCGGAGUGCCUCGUAAAGGCGGAGUGCCUCGUAAAGACGGAGUGCCUCGUAAAGGCUUACAACCAGCUGCGUCCCAGUGACAGAAACCGCAACCCAAAAAGCUCCCAUGAGAUCGCCAGAUCCAGGACCGCCAGAACCUUCUUUGAUAUUUUGAGCCAGUCAUUUUCUUCCGACUCCGGAAUGGGUCGCAGAAACCUCCUGCUCAACGCGCUGCUCCUGCUGACGUGUUUCUUGUUUCCGCACGGCGGCUGCGGCGAAGUGCCUACGAACACCACCCAAGCAUCUUCAGGUCCAAGUGAAGCUGAAGCUGGAGGCGCAGCAAGAGGCAUCGCGAUGAUGACGAUUGUCAUUGUGGUUGUUCUUGUCGCGCUGUCGUUGUUGGCGCUACUAUGGCAAUGCUACAAGGAAAUAGCGAAAAGGAGAGCACCAGGAAGAGUCGCAAAGAAUGCGAUGACAAGCGAUUCACAGUGGACGUUUCCAGAGAGAAAGCAGGAUGACCCAGAAUCCAAAGACGCAACAGCCGGCGCGGAACUUGGUCAGGCUAUAACUAGAGGGAAGGGGGAUGAUGCAGUUGUGCAGGACCCAAAAACCAAUGACGCAGCAGCAGCGGCAGCGGCAGCGGCAGCAGCAGCAGGAGGGAGGGAAAAUGGUGCAAUUGUGGUCGAUAUGGAGGCAGCGCGGCCACAGGUGUGCCAGGAGUUCUCCCUGGCAGAGGUGACCAAGGCAACUGCAGAUUGGUCAGAGGGGAACAGGCUUGGCAGUGGCAGCUUUGGUGAUGUCUACAAGGGUGUGUCUCUGCACAGUGGCAAUCAAGUAUGGGCCGUCAAACGGGCUCGCAUACUCACCAAUGAGUUUCAGACAGAGGUUAAGGAGAUGGCAAGCAAACACCACCCCCAUCUAGUGAGACUGCUGGGCUACUGCAUGGACUUCAACCCAGCAACCAGACACAUCGAGCAGAUCCUGGUGUAUGAGUUCAUGGAGAACAAGGACCUUGAGAGCUGGACAGGACCGGAUGUACCUGUUCCUCUUUCUCUGCACCAACGUCUAGAUGCGUUGAUAGGAGUGGCAAAGGGGCUGCAGUACCUGCAUGACUUUGGCAUCGUGCAUCGCGACAUCAAGCCCGCCAACAUCCUCCUCGGCGCAAACAUGCAGGCUAAGAUAGCAGACUUUGGCUUAAUGAAGCUGAGUGGGGGUACUUCGACAGGCACAUCUGUGGCAGCUACCAGAGUGAUGGGAACACCUGGCUAUGUGGACCCAGCCUAUUACAAGUCACAGAAAGCCACUCCAGCAGCAGAUGUCCACAGCUUUGGCGUGGUGAUGCUGGUGGUCAUCACGGCACGCAAGGCCGUUCACAUGACGGAGGACACCCUCUUCAACCUCAAGCAAUGGGUGGCACCACUGGUGGCAUCCAGCAACGUGGCAGCAUUCAAGGACCCGUACCUGAACGCACCGGACGACUUGGUGCUGCGCAUGGCCCGCCUCGCCCUCUCCUGCACUGCCAUGCCCACCACCUCUCGUCCCGCCAUGAGCCAAGUGCUGGCGGAACUAGUGAAGAUGAAGAGGGAGGUUGUGGAGGUAAAGGCUAGUGGGGCAGCGUCAGCAUCGCGCAUUGAUGGGGAGAUUGACCCAUCAGCUGACGUGGACUUCGAUUCGCAGAUGGCUAGAUUGGAACAGAUUGGGAGUGAGAGUGGCCCGUCCAUCAGUGUGGUCUGACUCUUGUGCUUGAAUAUUGCCAUUUGUUGUAGCCUUUUAGGGCCUAGGUACUUUGUUUCUCUUUCAGCUUCAAGGGAGUACUAUCUGCACAUUAGUUGAAUGUAUGCGGUGUUGGGCUGGAAUAAGCACGUAGGAUCUUU